CCGUAAGCUCCCAUCCUUCAUCAAAGUCCUAUGUCCGCUCUCUAACACAACCCCUAGUUCAAGGCGCAAGCUCGACGACGAAGAGCUCGACUCCGGCGACGACGAAGGCCGCACCGAUCGCGUCCCGGAAGAACCCGCCGAAGAAGCCGUCGAACAGACCCUCAGCUUCAUGGACGCCGACAUCGCCAGGCAUGCCAUCCCCGAGCCCAGCGACGGCGAGCUCUACCAACUCCGAGUCCCGCGCUUCCUCUCCUUCGAACCCACAGCCUGGAACCACAAAACCUUCCAACCCCCAACCACAGACCACCACUCCAAGACCGCCCCAACGGAACACUUCUCCGCCUACGACACGGCCCUCACAACCAUCCGUUGGCGCCGCUCCCCCUCGGACCCUUCCAAACUCCAAUCCAACGCCCGCAUCCUCCGCUGGAGUGAUGGCUCCCUAACUCUCCAACUCGCCUCCCUCCCCACGGAACAAUACGAAAUCACCGCCGCGACGCUGGCACCCCCGCAGACGCACCCCAAGAAGCCCACGCCCACCUCGACCCUGUCCAAGCACGCCCCAGGCAAGGAAAGCUACACGUACCUCGUCGCGCCCUACGAGGAAGCCCAAAUCACGCGCGUCACCAACAAACUCACCGCCGCGCUCUCCGUCGUGCCCAACCUCAAAUCAAACGACGGCGCCAUCGAGAAGCUGCAGGCCGACCUGGCCAAGGCGGCGAGCCGCACCCUGGAUAGCAAGGAGCAGGCCAUUUCCAUCAUCCAGGUCGACGAGGACCCGGAGUUGGCGCGCGCGAGGAAGGAGGCCGAGUUCAAGCAGAAGCAGAAGAUGCUAAGGGCGCGGGAGAAGAAUGAGCAGCGGGAGAGGGAGAAGGCGACGCGCAGGAUGGGCGGGCACAGGGCUGCGGGUUACGGCCUCAGUAUCGGCGGGUUGGAGGACGAGGAAGGGGGUCGUGGGCGUGGUGGAGGUGCCGGGCAACGGAAACCGCGGGCCAAGGUUGGGUCGAGGAGGGAUUGGAGCGAUGAGGAUGAGUAUGCUGGUCGUGGGGGAAGGACGAGGGAGGAUGAGUACGAUGAGGAGGAUGAUUUUAUCGCGGCGAGCGAUGAGGAACCCGAGAUUGUCGAGGAUGAUGAGGAUGAGGAUGAUGGCAUUGUCGAGAGUCCGCCGGCGAGGCGGAGACAGGCGACUGCGAGUCCGAAGCGCGGGAGGGGUGGCGACGAGGAGGAGGAGGAGGAGGUUGUGGUUAGUAGGACGAAGAGGAGGAGAGUGGUGGAGGAUGAUGAUGAUGAGGAUGAGUAGGCCGGAUAUGGGAAGAUGAUUAGGUAUGUGGUUGGCAGGCAACACCUCAAAGGUCUCUUUCCAAUAACCUGUGGAGUCUAAAGUAUUCCUUUCCGCGUCG